ACCAUGACGACUGAUGAGGCCACCAAGAGCGAGGGGGAGGUGCAGGCGGCGGCUCUGGCCGAGCGCGGGGAGGACAUCACACCAGCUCAAGACCGGGGGGUCCUGAAGCGGCUGAAGCGCCCGGGGCAGGCGGAGGAGUCGCCGAUGAUCGGGGACAAGGUCAGUGUGCACUACAGGGGCAGGUUGGCCAGCGGCAAGAAGUUCGACUCCAGCCGCGACCGCAACGAGCCCUUUGUCUUCAGCCUGGGCAAGGGCCAGGUCAUCAAGGCAUGGGACAUCGGGGUGGCCACCAUGAAGAAGGGAGAGAUCUGCUACUUGCUCUGCAAACCCGAGUAUGCCUACGGCUCUGCUGGCAGUGCCCCCAAGAUCCCCCCCAAUGCCACCCUCUUGUUUGAGGUGGAACUGCUGGAUUUCAAAGGGGAGGACUUGUUUGAGGAUGGAGGGAUAAUCCGGAGGAUCAAGAGGAAAGGAGAAGGUUAUUCCAACCCCAACGAAGGUGCUACGGUGGAAAUUCACCUGGAGGGUUUCUGUGGUGGCACCAGGUUCGACUGCAAAGACGUGAAGUUCGUGGUGGGCGAAGGGGAGGACCACGACAUCCCCAUCGGCAUCGACAAAGCCCUGGAGAAGAUGCAGAGGGGAGAACAUUGUGUCCUCCACCUCGGGCCCAGGUACGGGUUCGGGGAGGCAGGGAAGCCCAAGUACGGGAUCCCGGGGAACGCGGAGCUGGUGUACGAGGUGACACUGAAGAGCUUUGAGAAGGCCAAGGAGUCAUGGGAGAUGGACACCAAGGAGAAGCUGGAGCAGGCUGCUGUUGUCAAGGAGAAAGGCACCAUGUACUUCAAGGAAGGCAAAUACCUGCAGGCAGUGAUUCAGUACGGGAAGAUCGUCUCCUGGUUGGAAAUGGAGUAUGGCUUGUCUGAGAAAGAGUCCAAAGCCUCUGACUCCUUCCUCCUGGCUGCCUUCCUCAACCUGGCCAUGUGCUACCUGAAGCUACGAGAGUACACCAAGGCCGUGGAGUGCUGUGAUAAGGCACUGGGACUGGACCAGGACAACGAGAAGGGUUUGUACCGACGGGGCGAGGCCAGGUUGUUGAUGAACGAGUUUGAGUUGGCAAAAUGUGACUUUCAAAAAGUGCUGGAAGUGAAUCCACAGAACAAAGCAGCCAAAUCCCAGAUUUCUGUUUGCCAGAAGAAAACCAAGGAGCACAACGAGCGGGACCGGAGGAUCUAUGCAAACAUGUUCACCAAGUUUGCAGAGAGGGAUGCCAAGGAAGCAGCCAGCAAAACUGGGCUUGAGAAAACAGUGGAGAAAGCAGAGUGUGAAAAGGGACCGAAAACUGAAGGUGAAGAGGCUGAAGGACACGUAUGAUGGAGGGAGGAGGGGAAGGGAGAACCUCUUGCCCUUGGCCAUCCAAGAAAUAGGUUGCUGCCAGAUCUUGGGACUCGCCAGUGUUUUCUUGUAAAGCUUGUUACAGUUUGUGUGAUCGUGGAAGCAAAAAGCACCUUGCAAAGGGGAAAAACGAAACCAAACCAACGCACCCGUCCCCGGGCGCCGAGCGGGAGCGGUGGGGACACCGUGGGACCACUGCCCAGGGAGCAAA